AUGGAGAAAAUGAACCUGGGCUACGACGUGCUCCGAGAAGUCAAUCCCAGAAUCAUCUUCACCAGCGUAUCCGGCUAUGGCCCCGACGGCCCCUUCGCCUCCCGCGCAGGCUACGACAUGAUAACCGGCGCCGAAGCAGGCCUUCUCCACCUACAAGGCGAACGCGGCCGCGGCCCCGUCAAAGCCGGCAUCGCCGUCACAGACCUCUCCACCGGCCUGUACGCCCACGGCGCCAUCCUCGCAGCUCUGCACGCACGACACCGCACAGGUGUUGGUCAGAAGAUCGAUGCGUCGUUGUUCGAGACGCAGGUGGCGCUGUUGAUGCAUUCGGCGAUGGCGUGGUUGAAUCAGAAGCAGGAGGGCACGAGGUGGGGUGCGCAGCAUCCUAGUGUUGUGCCUUAUGAUGCUUUUAAGACUAAAGAUCUUUACAUCGUCUGCGGCGCCGUGAACGAUAAGCAAUUCCUCAAGCUCUGCACUAUCUUGGGCAAACCGGAGCUGGCGAAGGAAGAACGAUUCGGCGACGGUCAAUCUCGAGUCGACAAUCGCGAUGAUCUGCACGCGAUCCUAGAUGAUCUCUUCGUGUUGAAGACCACGGACGAGUGGAUGGCGCUGUUCGAUGGCACCGGCUUGCCGUAUGGUCCAAUCAACAACAUGGAGCGUGUGUUCGAGCAUCCGCAGACGGAGGCGCGGGAGAUGGUGCAUGAUGUGCCGUACGAGCAUGCUACGUCUGGAAAGCUGUCCCUGCUUGGUCCUGCGGUCAAGAUGAGUGACACCAAGCCAACGAUAAGACGGCGGCCGCCGCUUCAUGGCGAGCAUACUGCAGAAGUGCUGCAGGAGUAUGGGAUUGAUGCCAGGGAGCUUGACGCGCUGAAAAAGGACGGUGUAGUGUAA